AUGAACGUAGGUUCUAUUCUUAAUGGCGAAUCCCAGCCUGCCAAGAAACCUGAAGACGAUUCAUCCAAAUCGUCAGAGCCCAAGCCAUCAGCUUCUCCUCACCAAAGACACUCCAUCAACAACCUAUUAAACGACCCAGCUCCAGCAGCAGCAGCUGAACACAAAGACUCAGAUGGUUCAUUCACUGAAACUCCUCGUCCAUACAGAAGCUCAAUUGCCAGUCUUACCAAUGACAAGGAUGUUGAUUUUACUACUGGCAGAGAAACAACUAAUGUGAGCAGAACCAGUGUUGAAGAAACGAAACCUAUUCCAGUCAGCACUGAGUUUGACGAUAAGGAAGUAGUUUCUCCAAAGACAGAAGUGAAAAAGGAACUUGAAGAAAAGACAGAAAAGCCAGAACAGCCAGUGGAAAAGACUAAAGAGAAGAAAUCAGAGACACCUGAAGUAAAGCAAGAUGGAGAAGGAUCAGCUACGCCUGAACGUAAAAGAUCUUCUGUGGUUGACCUGAAAGAAAUUGCCACGCUUAAUAAACUUAAAAGCAGUUCGAGAAACAGAAAACCUCGUCGGUAUAAUAACCCUCCUAUUUGGGCACAAGAGUGGAUCCCAACUUCUCAGAAGUGGGAAGGACAUGUCCAGAAACAGCACCCUACAGAACCAGCAGAAAACGGCAAUAUGGGCGUUUCAGACAAACACGUGUUUAACCAGGGCCAGAUGACUUCGGUGGACUUGGAGUGUUCUGUCACUGGUGUGCUUCCACCUCCAUCUGUGGUAAGGACAAUUGCAGAGUGGAUAUAUGCCAACUUUGUGGAAAUCCCUCUUGACAAUAGACAAUUCUUGGAGCUUGAGCUUAAGUUCGGUACAAUCAUUGACAAGUCUACUGGCCGCCGUUUGGACCUUGGCGUUUCCACUGAGUGUAUUUAUACGAAACUGUCUAAUGUUCGUUUCGAUAUGGGCGUACACGAAGUGGGCUGGAAAGAGAUGACCAACUACUUGGAAGAGUUGGAGAAGGCUUUCCAGGAGGAAAAACGUAAAACAGGCGCCAAGGGCCGGAAGUUCUCAACUUUGGAUUCAGAUGUCACUGACCAGUUCUUCCAAAUCACUGAACGUAACGAGCAGCCCAAGAAGGUCAGAAUCAGUAAAGAUAAUACCUUGACGCCGCCCAGGUACGUUGCCAUUGAAAAGAAACGUGUUUCUGAUCUUUACAUCCACAACCCAAUGUCCAUGUACGACCUUCGUCUACUGAUGCUGUUUGAAUUCCCUGUUCCAGAGAACAGUGUUGAGCCAAUUCUCAAAAAGAACAAACCUUCGCUUACAAGAAUGAAAAAGAGAAACACGUGGAACCACACGCCGACGGUUACCAGGUUCGAUUUCACAAAAGUCAGUGUUCCCAAAGCAACCAAGAACAAACUGGGUAAGUCUGUCAUGGAGAGCGACACGUCCCAUGAGGUGGAGUUGGAAAUGGACCCCGUGGAGAUUUUCCGUGGUUUCGAUAAAAUCAGAGACGGUUCAGACACGAUCAGGUUUGAGGAACUUGUUGAAAUUUUCUUGAACAACGCCAGAAUCCUCAACAACAGAGUAACCAAACUCGCGUCGAAGUAA